AUGCCGAAGGAUCAGGAGGCAAAAGCUUCCCCAAUAGGGAAUUUUCUUUCCAAAUUUGGCCGUGUUAGAGCUAGAAGUCCUAGAAAGCCAAGUUUUAAAAACUCCACUGAUAAGGAGAAUGAUGUGGUCUUCAAGUGCCCCGCUCCUCCUAGAAGUCAUUCACCUUCGUCCAAGUUUGGAACUUUAGUUAACCGAUUAUCGGGACGGAAACCGAAAACGAUUAGUUGUCGCGAGUCCUCUCUGGACCGAGCGGAAACUCCUAAAAACCCGCAACAUCAACAUGUCCCCUUCCAGUCUCCCAGACCUGCCGUGAGCGAGAAUGAUCUUCGUCACGUCACACUUUCCCGAGGUGGAGCGGAUCUUCCGGUAACGCCAUUGGCUGGUGUCACACACUUUAUGUCGGAAGAUAAUCUUGCCUCUGCGGAAUGUGGUACUCCAGCUCAUCGUGUGCCAAGCUAUGUAAAAAUCAGUUGUACCUUAAAUGGCUAUUCAAAGUCUCCAAGACAGCAAACGCAAAUUUCUGAUUCUCCCUUGAGAUCCACCAAGGGGAUGAGUUUAGUUGAAAGACGACUCAUGCAGUAUCGGGAUUUCAGCAAUAGCGCCUGCAACACUCCCAGCCCGAAACGUCUUCCGAUCUAUAACGACGAAACUUCUCCCGAGAUGGGAAACAAUAUAUCAUCAACGACACCUAUUAAAUCAUUAAUAAGCCAAUUUGAUAAGUUGCACUUAUGUAGUCACGACAAGGAUACGGAGAAAACUAAUGAGUUUAAAUCUGAAAAAAUCAUUUCAGUUCAGCCGGAAUCUGAAGAAGCAAUGUCGGACAAGGAGAACUUUUCUAAUUUAUCAAAGUAUAUAGGUGAAUCUAUUCCUAGUACCAGUUCGAGCGAACUUUGUUCUGAAGAGAGUUCACCACGCGUAUCUUCUGGCUCUGGAGAAGUGAAAGAGAAAGUUGUCACGGAAGGAGAUGAUAAAGUCAUCAGCUCUGCUCGUUCAGGGAAGGCUUUUCAAGAUGUAUUGAAUGAAACCAAAACUUCUCUCGAACGAAAGAUAUGUGAGGGUGACGAAAACUUGGAGAAGAUCCAAGAUUUAUCAGAUGAAGCCUCGUCUCACAUAAGAAUGGCUUGUGGCAAAGCGAAACUUCUAAUAAAAAAAAAGCUGUCAAAGUUUUCCGAAUUGGUAAACAAAAACCUGAACCCAAUAGAAGGCGAUUUGCAACCUGCGACUGAUGAUGACUUAGAGGGUUACUGGGCCCUUGUCGAGAUAGAAUUAGAAGAUAUCAAACAGUGUUUUAAUAUUGUGGAGAAAUGGAGAAUGAAUAAUUGGAGCGAACCACAAGGCGAAAGCGACAACUUGAGCGAUAAUAAUAAUGUGGUGAAGCCAAAGGCACAAGUAAUCAAAGUAAAACCGGCUCCACAACAAGCUAAGCCAAAAACGGAGAAACAGAUUGCGAUGGAACAGCAGAGGAAAAAGCAAAUGGCUGAAGCCAGGGCAAGAAUGGCUGCUGCUCGUAAAGCUCAAACCGAUGAUAGCGAUUGUAAUGUGAUCAUCGCUAGCUGA